CAAUCCCAUCCAUCCAUUCCCUAGAAUUAGGGUUGAUGAUGACGAUGAUGAAGAGGCCCCCACUCCCCCGUUUCCCUCCUCCUCCUCUUCCUCCUCCUGCAUUCAUUACUAAAUAGUAGCAGUAACAGUACCAUUCUCUCCUCCCUUCUUUUCUCCAUCACACACAGUAUUGCUUUGGACCCUCUUCUCUACUCUUCCUUCCUCUUCUCUUUCUCUUGUCUUCUGCAACUGCAACUGUGACUGCAAGCCAAACUUCGGAGGGAACUGGUCUGGACUAUAAAGCUCCUCCUUCCCGCAACUAACAGGGAAUGGGAAUGGGAAUGCACGUGAAGUCCGACUCCGAUGUCACGUGCAGCAUCGAAGCCUCCACCCCUCCCCGCUCCCCGCGCCGUCCCUUGUACUACGUCCAGAGCCCCUCCCACUCCUUGCAGCUGCACCACGACCUCGAGAAAAUGUCCUAUGGCUCCAGCCCUUUCGCCUCUCCCACCCACCAUUUCCACUACCACUGUUCACCCAUCCACCACUCCCGCGAGUCUUCAACUUCCAGAUUCUCCGCCUCCUUAAAGAACCCCAGAGCCCUCGCCCUAGCCGGCGGCGGAUGGCUCAGGAUGCAGAGAAAGUACGACGAGGUUGGGGACGACGCCGACGACUUGGAUGCUGCUGAAAAUGAUGGGGAAGAUCCCGCCAAGGAUGCUGCCCAACUCAAGUUUUAUGUCCUCUGUUUUCUCUUCUGCUUUCUCCUUCUCUUUACCAUAUUUUCCUUGAUUCUUUGGGCAGCUAGUUUGCCUUACAAACCCAAGAUCAUCGUCAAGAACAUCGUGUUCGAGAAUUUCUUUGUUCAAGCGGGGAUGGAUGCCACCGGUGUCCCGACCGAUAUGCUAACGUUAAAUUCGACGGUCAGGAUCAUCUACCGGAAUCCUGCCACCUUCUUUGGCGUCCACGUCACUACCACCCCUCUCGAGCUCCAUUAUUCCGAUCUUAAAGUUGCGUCUGGGAACAUGAAAAAGUUUUAUCAAUCCAGAAAGAGUGGGAGGAAAGUGAUAGCAGUGGUGGAGGGGAAACAGGUUCCACUGUACGGAGGGAUUCCGCUGCUUACGAGUAGCAAUAGUGCUGAAAGAGAAGAAGCUCUGCAGAGCGUAUCUGUGCCGUUGAAUCUGACAUUUGUGGUGAGAUCGAGGGCGUACAUUUUGGGGAAGCUGGUGAAGACAAAGUUCUACAGGAGCAUCUUAUGUGAAUUGACUCUGAGAGGCAAGCAUCUGGGGAAGCCCCUUAAUCUCACCAAGCACGAAUCCUGUGUUUACCAUUAGGAUUUCUUUGUCUGUUUGUCUGUGUGCAGUGGAAACUGGAGAUUGAUUAGAAAGAAAAAGAAUGGACUUUUUUUUUUUGAAGAAAAAAAAUUCAGCUUAAGAGUCUGUUAUCUUCUUCUUCUAAAAAAUUCAGCUUAAGGGUCUGUUAUCUUCUUCUUCUUUGUUUGUACUGAUACUGAACUGUGUCCUAUUACUCCAUUCCCGCAAAGAAAAUGAAUGAAGCUUGUGUGGGACAUGUAUGGCGGUAUGGGGAUUCUUUUACUGAAAGUCACGAGUCUUUGCCUU